UGCCUCCCCCCGCCCUAGCCCCGCACUGAGCAUGUGCGCAGAGCCCCUUCCUCCCCCCGCCCCGCGGGCCCCCGUUCCGCGCAGAGCAGCGGUGAGCUUCGCGUUGGCUCCGCGGCAGUCGGGCCGCAGCCCCGCUGGCAUGGAGUGAGCCGCGGAGCCCCGCGCCGCCCGCCCCGGCCAUGGAGCUGAGGAGGUCCAUCUCGGCCAGCGCGGAGGCCGAGAGACCGAUGAGACGCUACGGGGCAAUAGAGGAGACAGAGUGGAAGGCGGAGGCGCUGGGGAGAAGUCAGCUUGACAUCAUCUCAAUGGCUGAAACAACAAUGAUGCCUGAGGAAAUUGAGCUUGAGAUGGCAAAGAUCCAGAGACUUCGGGAAGUCUUAGUCAGAAGAGAAUCAGAACUCAGGUUUAUGAUGGAUGACAUCCAGCUGUGCAAAGACAUCAUGAACCUUAAGAAAGAGCUGCAGAGUUUGGUAGCAGUCCCAGAAAAAGAAAAAACAAAGAUGGAGAAACAGAGGGAGGAUGAACUGAUUCAGAAGAUCCAUAGACUGGUACAAAAAAGAGAUUUUCUUGUUGAUGAUGCAGAGGUAGAGAGAUUACGAGAGAAAGAAGAAGACAAAGAGAUGGCUGAAUUCCUUCGUACCAAGUUAAAACCCUUAGACAAAACAACACAAUCUCUUACAAGCAGCCCAGCAGAAAAGAAAGCAGAACCUCCUCCAAGCAAGCCCACCAUUGCCAAAGCAGGAUUGGCUAUUAUUAAAGAUUGUUGUGGGGCCACACAAUGCAACAUCAUGUAGCUCUGGGCUCUCUACCAUAUUUGUCUUCAAAGAUUUUCAUUUAAUGAAACUGUAUGGUGAAGGGAACAAACAGCAUCCUGCUAAUGGAAUCAAGAACAACUGGUACAACAGUAAUAUAUGGAAUGUACAAUGGCAGGUUCUUCACUGUUGCAUGGAUCACUCAACACGCAUGCCUAAAAACAAAAUAAAUCUAUAUAGUGGCUGUCCAGUGACCAGAAAAGAUCUGUAGUAGAGUCAACAAAAACACCCUAGUGAUAAAAGUAAAUGAAAAGAGGGUAUAUUUCAUCCAGUAAGGUGUAAAACAGCAAUUUUAAUAGGCCAUCAAUUUGUAAGAAUUUGUUGUCUACUUUUCCCCCUUAAGAAACAGCACUCAAAACAUUGCUGAAACACGCCAUUUGGGCUACUUUUCUAAACAAAAGCCACAAGUAUCAAUGCUGUAUAUAGCGCAACUGAUAGAUGAAGCAACUUUAGGAUAACUUGCGUUGCACACAAAAUACUAUCAAACUAGCAUGAUGUUCAACUACUUUGCUGUGGCAUUCUUCCUAAAGAAUGAGGAUCAGUGACAAGGAUACUGCAAGCAGAGAUAGAUUUUUAUAUCCCAUAUGAUUGUAGAAUUACUCAAGUCAAAUUUAUGUUGUUUGCACCAGAGAAAAUAAGUCUCUGGUAAAGCUUUAGCAAUCUGCCAAUAGAUGAUGCAGUCCAAAGCUGGGUCAUUUCUCUUUUAGAUUGCCACCUCACAUGGAGUCAGAGAAAUAUUCACCCAGAGAAUUUUGUCCACUAUUAGGAGUUACAUGCAAUAUGAGAUUACUUAUCACUAGUAGGUUGCUGGGAGGAGAGUGGAAGACAAAAUUUAACUAAUAUUUAAACAGUGCUUAAAACAACUAUUAAUUGCAUAUUUCAUGACCAUAAGAAAUAGAAACUAUGAAGUGGAAGACGACACUGGCAACCCAAGACAGAUUGGCCACAAGACAAACAUAUAAAUACAAAAGUGAGUAUUUGUGGUAGGAGGAUCACAUUCUACAACAAAAUGGGUUUAAAAUUAAGGGAAAUACAGGAAGACUUAUCGGUGUUUCACCAUUAAAUGUGUUUCUGGUCUCUAUGCAGAUUAAGCCUUGUGGAAUCUAAUAUCUUUAUAUUAGUUGUCAGUAGCUGGUUUGUCUGUGUGAUGGUAUUCCAUAUAAGUGUACUGUGAUAAGUGUAAAUAGUAAAAUAAAUGUACAUGGAUCUAAUGUGAAAAACUCAGGCUUAGAAAUAACAAACAGAUAGCAAAGAGUUCCUAGAAUAAAGUUUUAAGAGGAACUUUCAUUCUGUGAAGCCAGCUAAUUGAAGUGUGCACUUAUAUACAAAGGCACCACAGUUAUAAGAAAGGAAAAAAAAAAAAAAUUAACAGCAGUUACCCGAAAAGGAUGAACAGUAAUAUUUUUGAGAGAGAAAGGAUCUUAUUAAGGUUCAAGGAGAUAGACACCAUCUAAAGUAACUCAGAUCAUUCUUGUACAAAUAAAGUUUAAUCCCUAGCAUCAGACUGAUUUGAUGAAGAAAAUUUGCAUUUCCAGAAUCGUUUGUUUCAGUACUGCAGACUCACUUGAGACAAAGAACCUAUCACUAAGUUUCUUAGGGUUUAAAGAUCAAGGAGGGAAAAAAGAAAAAAAAACAACAAAAAAACAAACACAAGAGGCUUCCACUAAGACAUGAAGCACUUUAAUUACUUUGACCAAAGACAACAGAAAGAGGACAAAACAUAUCCAGAGGCUGAAUAGUCAUAUAUAGUUAUUGCAUCCUUGUUGAUACCCGCAACAUCUCAGUAAGUUUUGUAUCUGUUAAUAUCUACUGUAUCUGGUACAGGUUGGACUCUGUAGCACCUGUGUACAUUAACAGAGUUACAGGGAAAACUGCUUUUAAGGAAGAAUACACACUGGAAGGGAAGAAAUACACACUGGUUUCUGUAAAAUUCAGCUGCCUCUUGAAUUUGCUGCUACCCAGUUAAGACAUCAGGCAUUAUCAGUAUCUUAAGAAAAAAGCAGGUGUUCAGUGCCAUUAACAAAGGCAAAUGGAAGUUUGGCAGAAACCUGUAGUGAAGCACCAAACUUAAAGCCUCAGGAGGAUCAUCUGUUACAACCAAGUAUUGUGAAUGCUAGUAAUUCAAGGGUACUCAAGGAGGACCUUGCACACAGUUUUUGUAAGGCAAUAGGUGACUUAGGCACAUAAGUGUUUAAACCAGGCUGUGCUGAUGACUGGGGCUAUCCCUGCAUGCUGCACAGAAUCUAGUCUUUGGGAAGAAAAGUGAAAUCAGUAGAAUGUAGGUUUGUAUGAAAAAAUAUUAUUAACAGGAAAUGGAGCUAAACAUUUCUGGGAUGCAACACUCAUGAGUAGGCUACAGAGCCCCCUCCUUUCAUUAAAAUGAAGAAGAGAACACACAGCAAGUAUGAGUAUGUAAUAUUCAUAAAUAGUUAAGCACUGGUAGCCAGUGCCCCAAAGGACUUGAACUACAGCAGUAUUAAUGAGAGUGGACUUCAUUUUCAGAAGUUCUAGCUUGGCUCAGCUGCAAAGUUUUCUUUCUGUAAGUUUGUUUUGUUUUUAUUUAGAAAAUGCUUCAGUUUUGUUUUUAUUUGGGUGGGUUUGGACAGCUUUCCUUCAGUGCACCAGUGGUUCCUUUAGACAGGGGUCAGUGAUGCUGCUUAGCAAUAAAGUCCCAGAUUUUUUAGACUGUGAGGUCAGAUUCUCAACUGUGUUUAACACUGAUUUACAAUGUUCUCCAUACAAAACACGGCAGAGCCCUAAUGGCUUACUUCAGACAUAAUGGUUGUAAUUAAACAAAUUCAACUUAGGAAGGAAUUAAUUGUGUAAAAAAAUAUUGGUCCUUGUUUUUAAAAAUCAGACUAAACCACUGAGUAUUCUCAAGAACAAUGAGGGGCUUUAAAUUCCACGAUCUUAUGAACAUAGCACAUUAUGCAAUCCCCAUAUCAGCAAUCAGCAGAAAAUACCAGACAAGUAUCUUCAGGUGACUACGUGCAGUCACUGGCAUAAUUUCAGAGCUGAUUUUCAGAUAUCUCUUACUGUCUGCAAAGAACAACAUUGGUUGACUGAAGCACCCAAAAAUCUCUUCUGGAAAUCCUGGCUGUUUAUCACUUCAGAAAGAAGGCAAGGCAUCAGAAGAAGAAGAAAAUGUAAGGUGGAUUUGACAUGCUAUUUCCUCUAUGAACUGGUAAACAUGGCUAUAUUCAGGAAAGGAUCUUGGUCUACUGAGAAAAACAAAAGUGCCGAAGUGCUAUUUGUACUAAUCACCGAUUCUACCAGCAAAUGGUUCUCUUGUACCUUCCCCUAGGCUUGCUGAAUCUCUUCAGCAAAAUUAAAUAUAUUUCCAAAUAAACUAAGCUGCUGUGUUACACUAA